AUAAAAUACCCGAACCCGACUCGAAAUGUAGAAAUACCCGAAUGGGUUCUAUACCUUUAUACUGAAAUACAUGAUACGAACCCGAACGUGUAUCCGAACGCACACCCCUACGAUAUAUGAUCAUUUGUAUCUUGCUUGAACAAAAAAAAUUUAAACCAUUGAUCACAAAAUUUUCAAUGUGGGAUUUUUACCAUUUUUAGUAAUUUAUAGUCAUUUUUAAAAAUUCAAAAUAUAACAUAUAAGAAAAAAUCUAAUUUUUUAUUAUAUGCUUAAUGUGAUUUUUAAUUUCUUUUAAUAGUAUAAAAUUAAACAAAAAGGAGAGGUUAGAAAAGUUGUUAUUAAAUAUGUAUUAUUCAUAAUCAUUAAUUAUCAUAUAUAUGUUAAUCAUAUUAGGUAAUUCCGCAGCUUUUAUUUAAGGAAAGAAAAAAUAUUGUUUUGUACACUACUAAUUAAUUUGAUAGUUAGUUUAAUAAAAAGCAUAGUAUAAGUUUAUAUGGACCAACUUAUUUUUCUAACAAUUAUAAGAAUUAUUUUCGUGAUGACGUCGUGUGGCACAAAAAUAUGUUGUAAUGCUCGAGGAUUAAUGUACAUGGGAUGUUUAUUCACCAUGUACCCAUUAUCUUUAUUUUUCAUUGUGUGCUUUAAUUUGGAAUGUCUCAUCAACACUUUGAUGUUAUAUAUCCUUUAUCAGUUGAGUAGGGCAUGAUUUUGUUUUCUUAUAAACGUUUAUUUGAUGCACAUUAUCUUUAUUUUCAACAUGAUGGUUUAAUAAGGUUUUUAUGUCACGUGAAAUUUUUUGUAAAAUCCCCUAAAGUUAAUCUAAAUGAACCAAGAAGUUUCAUUCACCUUGACCAUAUUCAUCUUACGUUUGGAUUUCAUAUCCUCUUUUUAUAUAUGCUAUGCUUUUGAUGCUAUUAAAAUUUUCUUGUCUCACCGAUCCUAUAAUAUUCUAUCAUGUUCCAUAUUUUUGUCGAAGGAUCUUCAAUCGCUUAUUGAUAUUCUUUAUUUAUUAGAUUCGGUUGAUUGUGUCGUAAAGUGGAAGUUGCUUCAAAAUAAACAUGUCUUGUAUUACUGCUUUCUCUUUUGUCGGCAAAUACAAUAUUACUUUAGAUAGUGAAAAUUGGUUAUUAGUUGUUGUUUAGAAAGAAAUAAAAUUUUAGAUAACAUAAUUAAUCAAAAAAUACUCGUAAGCUAAACCUCAUGUAAGUUUAUGUAUAUAUGAUGCUUCAAACACACGUGUGUGGUGUGGGGGUGAGGAGAGGUUGGGUCUUGUUCUUGUCUUUGACUCUAACCAGUCUUUUUCGAUGCAUUUUUCUUCACUCACAAGUCUAUCAUCAUGUUUUUAACGAAGACAUGUUUAUUUAUUUUUAUUUUAUGCACCUCUUGCUUCUUCUUCACAUCCCUAUUUCUUCUCUCUCUCUACUCUACCCAUCAAUCUCAACAAACACUUCUCUAUCUCCUUUUCACAUCCAUUACACAUAUUCAUAUCAUUCCAAAGCAAUCCCCACAAAUCAUAUCAUCAUCUCUAUCCAUCCUUCUCACAACCUCUCCAAAUUCUAAAUCUCUCUCUGUGUGUAGUCUUACUUCAAAAAGACUCCACAACUCCAAAUGAUGAUGAGGAAUCAGGACAUUACUACGAUCAGAGACAAGAACAAGGCCAGUAAUGCAUGUGGUGGUAAUAACAACAAACCGAAGCUAAGAAAGGGACUUUGGUCUCCUGAUGAAGACGAGAAGCUCAUAAGGUAUAUGUUGACCAAUGGACAAGGAUGUUGGAGUGACAUUGCUAGGAAUGCUGGUCUCUUACGUUGUGGCAAAAGUUGUCGCCUUCGUUGGAUCAAUUACUUGAGGCCUGAUCUUAAACGUGGUUCUUUCUCUCCUCAAGAAGAAGAUCUCAUCUUCCAUUUGCAUUCCAUUCUUGGUAACAGGUGGUCUCAAAUAGCCACUCGGCUUCCAGGAAGGACAGACAACGAGAUCAAAAACUUUUGGAACUCGACAUUGAAGAAGAAGCUUAAGAACAACAACACUUCUUCAGGUUCAUCACCUAAUAAUAGUAAUAGUAAUUCUUUGGAACCAAUAGAUCAACAUGUGGACAUGGGAGGCAACUCAAAUCCAAUGAUGAAUAGCCAUCAUCAUCAAGAUGACAUGAUGAUAGUGGGGAACACCAUGCAUAUGGAAUCUUCUUCAUUUCAUGCACCCGUGGUUAGUGGUGUGGGAUUAAACCAGCUUGAUCCAUUGAUAUCAGUAACGGAUCAUAACCGAUAUCAACAAAUGGCAAACACAGGGAACAACAACGUUAAUGGGUUAGGAGAUUAUGGAAGCGCAGUUCUUGAUCCGAUCAGCAAUAGAGCAUCAGUAGAAAACGAAUGGUUUCUUCCACCGUCCGAGAAUACCAAUGGCAUUGCUUGUGCCACAAGCAACAACCUAAACUUAGAAGCCCUUGAUCCUUGCUUCGGUAGCAAAAAUAUGUGUCAUUCAGAAAGCUUCAAAGUAGGGAACAUUAUGGGUAUGGAGAAUAGUUCUUGGGAAAUAGAAAACCCUAAAAUCGGAGAUUGGGAUUUGGAUAGUCUCAUCGAUAACAACUCUUCUUUCCCCUUCCUUGAUUUCCAAGUUGAAUGACAAAUAUCCUCUCUCGCAUUCUAUCUUCUUUUUUUUCUCAUUGGUUCUUAUUCAUUCUUCUAUACAUAUUUUUUUUAUAUAAAUGACGGUAAAUUCAUCUUCAGAGCUCGUUUUGAAGUUGGUCAUCUCUAUUCUAAGAGUCAUUUUUCUUUUUUUUAAGCAAAAAGUCUUCUUUCCAUAAAAUUUGGUAUAUUCUCUUGUCCAUCUAUGUCCCCAUCACAUGUCUAUUAUCCACAAUAAGAUUGUUCUUGGAAGCGAGAUGUAUAUGCAUAUAUAGUUUAUAUCUAUAGGACGAGAGUUACCAUGCAUGGUUUAGUACAUGAAACGUGAAUAGGAAGGGUACAUUGAGACUUUAUUUGCUGCGGAAGUACUUAAAUAAUGAUGGUCCACGCAAUGAGUUGAUUAGUUGGUUUAUUUGUAUAGCUUUCUCUUUGCUUUUCAAUUCUUUUUUUUUUUUUGUACAAAUCCGAGUUUGAUGUGUAAAACACGGUUCGUAAUAACAAAGCACUAUAUCUUUCA